AUGACUGACAAGAUGUCGAGCUUCCUUCAUAUUGGAGAUAUUUGUUCUCUCUAUGCAGAGGGCUCAACAAAUGGAUUUAUUAGCACUUUGGGCCUUGUGGAUGAUCGGUGUGUUGUACAGCCAGAAGCAGGUGAUCUUAACAACCCACCCAAAAAAUUCAGAGAUUGCCUGUUCAAACUAUGUCCCAUGAACCGGUACUCUGCUCAAAAGCAGUUCUGGAAAGCAGCAAAGCCAGGAGCUAACAGCACAACAGAUGCCGUGCUACUCAAUAAACUGCACCAUGCGGCAGAUUUGGAAAAGAAACAGAAUGAAACCGAAAACAGGAAGCUGCUGGGAACAGUCAUCCAGUACGGCAAUGUUAUCCAGCUGCUUCACUUAAAAAGUAACAAAUACUUAACAGUAAAUAAGAGGCUUCCAGCUCUACUAGAGAAGAAUGCUAUGAGGGUGACCUUGGAUGAAGCUGGAAAUGAAGGUUCCUGGUUCUACAUACAGCCCUUCUACAAACUGCGUUCCAUUGGAGACAGCGUUGUCAUUGGAGACAAAGUAGUCCUGAAUCCUGUCAACGCUGGCCAGCCUCUCCACGCCAGUAGUCAUCAGCUUGUCGAUAAUCCGGGAUGCAAUGAGGUCAACUCUGUGAAUUGCAAUACAAGCUGGAAAAUAGUCCUUUUCAUGAAAUGGAGUGAUAACAAAGAUGAUAUUCUCAAAGGGGGGGAUGUGGUGAGGCUGUUUCAUGCAGAGCAGGAGAAGUUUCUGACUUGCGAUGAGCACAGGAAGAAGCAGCAUGUUUUCCUGAGAACGACAGGGAGACAGUCGGCCACGUCUGCAACCAGUUCAAAAGCCCUGUGGGAAGUAGAGGUGGUGCAGCAUGAUCCUUGUCGUGGUGGCGCAGGGUACUGGAAUAGCCUUUUCAGGUUCAAACAUCUCGCCACUGGACACUACCUAGCAGCAGAGGUAAACCCUGACUAUGAGGAAGAUGACCUGGAGUGUCAAUCCUCACUGGACCCUGAGCAGGAUGCCUCCAGAAGAGGCUUGCGCAGUGCUCAGGAGAAGAUGGCGUACUCCCUGGUGUCUGUGCCUGAAGGAAAUGACAUCUCCUCCAUAUUUGAGUUGGACCCUACCACCUUGCGAGGAGGAGACAGCCUUGUCCCCAGGAACUCUUACGUCAGACUUAGACACCUUUGCACUAACACCUGGGUCCAUAGUACCAAUAUCCCUAUUGAUAAAGAGGAGGAGAAACCUGUGAUGCUCAAAAUUGGUACUUCUCCAGUGAAAGAGGACAAAGAAGCUUUUGCCAUAGUACCAGUUUCCCCUGCAGAGGUUCGGGACUUGGAUUUUGCGAAUGAUGCAAGUAAGGUUUUAGGUUCCAUUGCUGGCAAGUUGGAAAAGGGAACAAUAACCCAGAAUGAAAGAAGAUCUGUUACCAAAUUGUUGGAGGAUUUGGUCUAUUUUGUUACUGGCGGAACUAACUCUGGACAAGACGUCCUUGAAGUGGUAUUUUCUAAACCUAAUAGAGAACGGCAAAAACUGAUGAGAGAGCAGAACAUUCUAAAGCAGAUUUUCAAGUUGUUGCAAGCACCAUUUACAGACAGCGGUGAUGGCCCGAUGUUGCGGUUGGAGGAGCUUGGAGACCAGCGUCAUGCUCCCUUCAGACACAUAUGCCGGCUUUGCUACAGAGUCCUGAGGCACUCGCAGCAGGAUUACAGAAAGAAUCAGGAAUACAUUGCAAAGCAGUUUGGCUUCAUGCAGAAGCAAAUUGGCUACGAUGUCUUGGCCGAGGACACUAUUACAGCACUGCUUCAUAACAAUCGCAAGCUCUUGGAGAAGCACAUCACAGCUGCCGAGAUUGACACUUUUGUUAGUCUUGUGAGGAAAAAUAGGGAGCCCAGGUUUUUGGAUUACCUCUCAGAUCUGUGCGUUUCCAUGAACAAGUCUAUUCCAGUGACACAGGAGUUGAUUUGUAAAGCUGUGCUGAAUCCAGCAAAUGCAGACAUUCUCAUUGAAACUAAGCUGGUCCUCUCUCGAUUUGAGUUUGAAGAAGUGUCAAGUGGAGAAAACGCCUUGGAGGUUGGAGAAGAUGAGGAAGAAGUGUGGUUGUUUUGGAGAGACAGUAACAAGGAAAUCCGCAGUAAGAGUAUCAGGGAGUUGGCUCAGGAUGCUAAGGAAGGGCAGAAGGAAGAUCGGGACAUACUCAGCUACUACAGAUACCAGCUAAACCUCUUUGCUAGAAUGUGCCUUGAUCGCCAGUACUUAGCCAUAAAUGAAAUAUCUGGCCAGCUGGAUGUGGACCUCAUUCUCCGUUGCAUGUCGGAUGAAAACUUGCCAUAUGAUUUGAGAGCAUCUUUCUGUCGGCUAAUGCUUCAUAUGCACGUUGAUCGUGACCCCCAAGAACAAGUAACACCAGUGAAGUAUGCUCGUCUGUGGUCAGAAAUACCUUCUGAAAUUGCUAUCGAUGACUAUGAUAGCAGUGGAACUUCCAAAGAUGAAAUUAAGGAGAGAUUUGCACAAACAAUGGAAUUUGUAGAGGAAUAUUUAAGAGAUGUGGUGUGUCAGAGGUUCCCUUUCUCUGAUAAAGAGAAAAAUAAGCUCACUUUUGAGGUUGUUAACUUAGCCAGAAAUCUGAUAUAUUUUGGUUUCUACAACUUCUGUGACCUCCUCAGACUAACCAAAAUCCUCCUUGCUAUAUUAGACUGUGUGCACAUCACUACCAUCUUCCCUAUUACCAAGAUGGCAAAAGGCGAGGAAAGCAAAGGGAGCAAUGUGAUGAGAUCAAUCCACGGAGUCGGUGAGCUGAUGACCCAGGUGGUGCUCAGAGGCGGUGGGUUCUUGCCCAUGACUCCGCUUGCUGCUGCUCCUGAGGGGAACGUCAAGCAGAGCGAACCAGAGAAAGAGGACAUCCUGGUAAUGGACACAAAGCUGAAGAUCAUUGAAAUACUUCAGUUUAUUUUGAACGUGAGAUUGGACUACAGAAUCUCCUGCCUACUUUGUAUAUUUAAACAUGAAUUUGAUGAAAGCAAUGCCCAGAUGUCUGAAUCACCCACUGGAAGCAGUAACCAAGAAAUGCCAGCUAAUGUACCAGGAGCCCUAGACUUUGAACAUAUUGAAGAACAAGCUGAGGGGAUCUUUGGUGGAAGGAAAGAGAAUACACCACUGGAUUUGGACGAUCAUGGUGGCAGAACAUUUCUCAGAGUUUUGUUGCAUUUAACAAUGCAUGAUUAUCCUCCUCUGGUGUCUGGAGCACUUCAGCUACUUUUCCGGCACUUUAGUCAGAGACAAGAAGUCCUUCAAGCUUUUAAGCAGGUUCAACUGCUUGUUACCAGCCAAGAUGUUGACAACUACAAGCAGAUAAAACAAGAUUUGGAUCAGCUGAGGUCUAUCGUGGAAAAAUCAGAGCUUUGGGUGUACAAAGGCCAGGGCCCUGAUGAGACUAUGGAUGGAGUGCAAGGUGAAAAUGAACACAAGAAAAAAGAGGAAGGUCACAGCAAGUCCCAAAAGCCUGAAAGUACUAGCAGCUACAACUACCGUGUAGUAAAAGAGAUCCUGCUGCGGCUGAGCAAGCUCUGUGUUCAGGAAGGCAUCUCGGUCAGGAAAAGCCGUAAGCAGCAGCAGCGACUUCUGAGGAACAUGGGAGCUCACGCCGUUGUGCUGGAGCUGCUGCAGAUCCCUUAUGAAAAGGCUGAAGACACAAGGAUGCAGGAGAUAAUGAAGCUUGCACACGAGUUUUUACAGAACUUCUGUGCUGGGAACCAACAGAACCAGGCACUGCUGCACAAGCACAUAAACCUGUUCCUUAACCCAGGGAUUCUGGAAGCAGUAACAAUGCAGCACAUUUUCAUGAACAACUUCCAGCUUUGCAGUGAGAUUAAUGAACGCGUUGUUCAACACUUUGUCCACUGUAUCGAAACACACGGCAGAAAUGUUCAGUACAUAAAGUUCCUGCAGACAAUUGUCAAGGCGGAAGGAAAAUUCAUUAAGAAAUGCCAAGAUAUGGUAAUGGCUGAGCUGGUGAAUGCGGGAGAAGAUGUCCUAGUGUUUUACAACGACAGAGCCUCCUUCCAGACUUUGGUGCAAAUGAUGAGAUCAGAGAGGGAUCGGAUGGAUGAAAACAGCCCGCUGAUGUACCACAUCCACUUAGUAGAACUGCUUGCUGUCUGCACAGAAGGCAAAAAUGUCUACACAGAAAUAAAAUGCAACUCCCUGCUUCCUUUGGAUGACAUUGUUAGGGUAGUAACCCAUGAGGAUUGCAUUCCUGAGGUCAAAAUUGCAUAUAUCAACUUCUUGAAUCAUUGCUACGUGGACACAGAAGUAGAAAUGAAAGAGAUUUACACCAGUAAUCAUAUGUGGAAGCUAUUUGAAAACUUCCUGGUUGACAUCUGUCGGGCUUGUAACAACACCAGCGACAGAAAGCAUGCCGACUCCAUAUUGGAGAAGUACGUUACAGAGAUAGUGAUGAGUAUAGUCACCACUUUCUUCAGUUCCCCGUUCUCUGAUCAGAGCACUACUUUGCAGACUCGCCAACCUGUGUUCGUGCAGUUGCUGCAAGGCGUGUUCAGAGUGUACCAUUGCAACUGGUUAAUGCCAAGCCAAAAGGCGUUGGUGGAAAGCUGCAUUCGGGUCCUCUCAGAUGUAGCAAAAAGCCGCGCAAUUGCAAUUCCUGUAGACUUGGACAGUCAGGUCAACAAUCUCUUCCUGAAAUCUCAUAACAUCGUACAGAAGACUGCAAUGAACUGGCGAAUGACGGCAAGGAAUGCUGCCCGCAGAGAUUCGGUGCUCGCUGCCUCCAGGGAUUAUCGAAACAUAAUUGAAAGAUUACAGGACAUAGUAUCAGCUUUGGAGGAUCGCCUACGCCCUCUUGUCCAGGCAGAGUUAUCAGUACUGGUAGAUGUGCUUCACAGGCCUGAACUGCUCUUCCCAGAGAACACAGACGCAAGGAGGAAAUGUGAAAGCGGAGGGUUCAUUUGCAAGUUAAUAAAGCAUACUAAACAGCUGCUAGAGGAGAAUGAGGAGAAACUAUGUAUUAAAGUAUUACAGACGCUCAGGGAAAUGAUGACCAAAGAUAGAGGCUAUGGAGAAAAGAUUACCAUUGAAUUGGAUAAUGCUGAGCUGCCGCAACCUCCAGAAACGGAAAGCUCUGUAGAGCAGGAGCUUGAUCAAAGUCUACCACAGAGGCAACUGGAGGAUCAUAGAAGGGGUGAGGCGCUCAGACAAGUUUUGGUCAACCGUUACUAUGGCAAUGUGAGACCGGCGGGACGGCGCGAGAGCCUCACCACCCUCCGCAAUGGACCCUUGUCUGCCGGAGGCGCCAGCAAAGCCGGGGCAGGAGGAGGAAGCUCCGGAUCGAGUUCAAUGAGCCGAGGUGAGAUGAGUUUGGCAGAUGUCCAGUGUCAUCUGGAUAAAGAAGGUGCAUCCAACCUGGUCAUAGAUCUCAUCAUGAAUGCCACCAGUGACAGAGUCUUCCAUGAGAGCAUCCUGCUAGCCAUUGCCCUUCUGGAAGGGGGGAACACUACGAUACAG